UUCCCGGGAAACUUCAUCCACAUAGCAGCAACAACAACAAUAACAACAAUCAGCUCUACUACAGUAGCAGCAGCAGCAGCAGAAACAACGGCAGCAGGUCAACCACAAGCUCUGCAAGCUCUGCAACAGCAUCCGACAUACUAUUACGGAUAUAUCAUGAGAACAUCCAUAGACCGCAUCGUGGCCGCCUGGCUCCUAGCGGCCCUUAGCGGGACCGCGACAGCCCAUUCCUGGCCUGAGCAGACCGUCCGCCUGGGGCCGGAUGGUAAAGAAGUUGGGAAGCCCGGUGCUGACAGGGCUCACAUCGAGAAUGGGCCCGAUGCCAGCUUCCUGAUCCCGCCAAACGGCGGACCCAAGGUUUUCGACGCCAACCAGAAGAUUGUCAGGGAUGGACAAGGGACCUUGACCGAUUCGAGCUACAGCGACCAGUUCCCCAUGCUCUCCGUCGCCCCGGGAGACUUCGUCGCCAUCAAGCACCGAGAGAACGGCCAUGUCACGCGCGCCGACAAGACGAACCCGAUGAAGCCCAUCAACCGCGGCACCAUCUACCUCUACGGGACUACGGAGAACGAUCUGUCCAACGUCAACCUCAUGGACGUACAUCUGAAGUGGACGGCCGACGGCAAGGGCGGAGACGGCAAGGGCAGGCUUCUGGCGACGCGGAACUACGACGACGGCCAAUGCCACGAACAGAAGCCGGCAGACGGCGACCUCGAGGGCAUCGGCGACUACCGCAAGCAGCACGUCAGCAAUGCCGACUCCCUCCUCUGUCAGAGCGACAUCAAGAUCCCCGAGGACGCCCCCGUCGGCAAGAUCUACACCGUCAUCUGGGUCUGGGACUGGCCCGAUAUGAAGGAACCGGGCGUCGCGGUGCCCCCGGCCGAGUACAACUCGGACCAGGUGGCGACUCCCGAGACCUACACGGGCGUCGUCGACUUCAAGAUCGUCGACCCCUGCGACGAGAGCCUCGGCGAGGUCAAGGGCCCGACCUGCAAGAGCUCCACGGCCGACAGCAACGUCAAGUUCGCCAUGGACGCCCCCGCCACCGCCCGCGGCAUCCCCUCCCAGCUGGCCGAGCCCUUCAUCGUCAAGGUGCCCCAGGCAGGCGCCAGCGUCCCCAGCGCCACCGCCGACCCCAAGUACAUCCCCUUCGCCGUGCUGAUCGGCCAGGAGCCGACCGAGUUCCCGCUGCCCCAGUCCAUCCUAGAGAAGCAGAACACCCCCGGCGCCGCGGGCGGCGGCGGCGGCGGCGUGCCCACGCCCACUCCGACGCCCUCGCCGGAUUCGGGCAGCGGCAGCGGCGGCGGCGACGAGGAGGAGGUCGUCACCAUCACCACCACCGUCCCCGAGGGCUUCACCACCAUGACCGUGACCCGCUCCAAGGCCGAGAAGACGCCCGAGGCCAAGCCGAGGGGCAUCCUACUCAGGCGCCGCCACCGCGCGUAAGCAGGGGCCAGACAACCCAACCGGACUGCUCCUCCUUUCCUUACACUUUCUUGAAAAUUACGAGCACAAUGCAGCGUUACGAUGUGUCAUGA